UAUUUUCACUCAACGUUCGGAGUCGUGGCGAGAAAGAGUUGUGAUGGAGGGAAGAUGGUUGUUCGUCUUUUCGAAUUUUUACUCUUGUUACCCUUUUUGUUUCCGAAGAAUGGUGUAAUAGCAUUGAAGCUUAGUCAUCCAGUGAGUGAAUUGGCGUACGCUGGUUCGUACAGUCAAAAUGACAUGGAAAUACCUGAGUUUUACCGUAAUAAUCGCCACGAGAACGACCCCAGAGACACAGAGCUACGUAGGAUAUAUCUAUCGCCAAAUAAGAAUUCUAGAACACUUGUUCUACGCAGAAUUCUAAACUCGAAAACAUCGGAAGAUCGCAUUAAAAUCCGCGAUGUUGUUUCGAACCUGUCGGAAAGAAGAAAGAAUAUUACUUCCAAAAAGACUGGGAAAAUUAUGGAGGAUGUUCCACGGAGAUAUGUUAUAGUCUUGAAUAUUGGUACCAACCAGAAAGAGUUUUCAUUAUACCAAGAAAAAGCAUUCAGUUCAAAACUAUCUCAAAGCCUGAAGAGGUAUUUCUUUCCUGGUGCUUACUGCAAAAUACUCCACAACACCCCGAUAAGUCUUUCUAAAGUCCAGCUGGAGGUGUACUGCAAAUCAACCAGAGAAGUUUCUCUUCCAAACUUUAUCCCAGCACCAGAUGUCACACGAUCUCUAGACACCUUUGAAAUGCGGCCCUUUCUAAAGCAGUUCAAUGUCACUGCAUAUGGAAUAAAGGAGUCCCCAGAGAUGGAUCUUGCUGUUUACCAAGAGAUGUGGUUUCCUGUGGCAGUGGUAGCAGGGAUGAGUGUCCUUCUUAUCAUCUUGGCCAUUGUCUGCCUGCUUGUGUGUCGCCGGCGCAUGUCAUCCAGCGCUGAGGAGGAGCUCAAGCAGACAAAGCAGGUGGACCCAGAGAAGCUGCUGUACCCUGCAGUCCACCCAAUCAAGACCAUGUCUGCCAGUAUGAUCCAACCAGAGGCUGGGCGAGUGUAUACCAUUGCUGGCAUGCCACCCAAGCCUAGAAAAUGGACAGGCUCACAUCUCUCAUUAUCUGAUAGACGUGGUUCUAAAGCAUCCCUGGUUCUUGACCUGACAUCUUCGUCUACUGACCUUGGCCCGGGUUCACCUGCACCUAGUAUACGAGAAAGUCCUGUUGAGGAAAAGCUUUCAGCAAAAUCCAAACUGAUUACCUUUGAAGAACUUGGAGAAUGUGUUGACAAUACAAAGCAAUUAUAUGCAGAAUUUUGGGAAAUUCCAAUGAAUCACCCUCCAGCAGAGGAGAGAUUACCAGGAUCGAGUUAUCGCAAUAGAUAUCCAUCAAUCCUACCAAAUUCGAGGACAAGGGUGUCCCUGCCACAAAUUCCAGAUGAUCCGUUAUCUUCCUAUAUAAACGCAAAUGUUUUAAAGGGCUAUGGAGAAGAGAUAAAUGCAUUCAUAGCGACUCAAGGACCACUUUCCUGUACUGUGAACGACUUCUGGCGGAUGAUAUGGUACCACCACUGUCCAAUUAUCGUCAUGAUUACCAAACUAAAAGAGAGAAAUGAGACCAAGUGCGAGCGAUACUGGCCCGACCCUACGUUUAGAAUGCAAGAGAAGUAUGGCGAUAUUGUUGUUACAUUCGACUCUGCUCUUGGUCGAGACGGCUACCAGAUCACCUCACUCUACAUAAGCCAUUCGCAGUCUUUAGAGUCCCCGCGGCGACUGUACCACUACUGGUACACGGCGUGGCCUGACCAUGGGGUGCCAGACUCGCCACGUCAGCUGCUGCAGCUAGUGGACGAGGUGCACCUCGCACAAGACCGAGACGACGGCAAGACAGGGCCUGUCGUGGUGCACUGUAGCGCUGGAAUAGGAAGAACUGGAUGCUUCGUUGCCACCAGUAUCGGCAUCAAACAAAUUCAAAAAGAAAAUAAAGUUGAUAUUUUAAAGAUUGUAUGCGGCAUGCGAAUGGAAAGGGGAGGUAUGGUGGAGACAGACUCUCAGUACGAAUUCGUCUACCGCGCACUUUAUCAUCACUGGCGGCAGCUACGCACUUCAGGAGGACGACGCAGUACAGCGGGAGAUGUAGUACUAGAAGCCAUGUUCGAUGACAAGUAAUCUCCUACUUCACGCAACUCCGUCCAGCAAUGAACACUACUUUGCACUCAAGAGAUUUUGUUGCCUGUUACUUGAAAUCCAUGAAUCUGCUCUCAUACCGCAUUGUGGUUAAUACUAUUCUGCUCUCUCUAUAUGAAGUCGUCUGUUACUUGGAAUCCAUUUUCAAGCACAAGUGAUCUACUCAUUAUACUCCUGAGUGAUAAACGCUAUUCUGUACUCAAGGAUUUUCUCAUAGGAAACCUGGAUCAUAGACUAGCUUAAAUUUUCGUGACAAAGCGUAUGAACACCUGACUGUCCCACCAGCGUGAACUACAAUAUCUGUCACGUGAUGGUAUCACUUGUCAUUCGAACAUCAGCAAACUUCCUUAGCCAUGUCAUCGCUUGCUAUCAGGUGAUCGUAUUGCACUUUGUCAUGUGAUCAUCAGAACCCAUCACUUGAUUGACUUCAACAGGUAACCAGACUACCUUGACCAUUACAAGGUCCAAUGUUUGGCGCUUUUCCUCGCCAAAUUCUUCAGCUAAAUGGACCAAGGAUGGAUAACUGUGAAACACCACAUACAUGAGCUACAGGCUGCACUUACCUCAAAGCCAUAUCACACGUGCUACUUACUUAUUUUAGAAUGGUUAUAACGUGUCUUAUUUAUCAGACCGUGAAGCAUACGAUUUCCGCCUACCGUCUAAAAAUCGGGUUUUGCUGCGUUUGAUCAGCUCUAAAUGCAGAACUCAUAAUUUCUGUACUUUAAAUUUUGCAAGACAUUUUGGCUUAUUCUAGUACAAUGCUGUUGAGUGGCAUCCCAAUUUUAAAUAUUCCUAAUAUGUUGUACUCUAUCAAUCUCUACAGGAUAUAUUGAUCUUUUAUUCACAUUUUUAGCCUGGAAUCCGCGCUGGUCGCAGAGUCCCAGUUGUAAAUGAUGGGCGUAACGUGACGUUUCAUCAUGUUCAAGAAAUUAUUAUUCAAAUUAUUUAUCGCUUGCAUGUUUUCGCUUUUUCUCGUAUUUAACAGGACAUCCAUUGUAUUGAACUUCCAGUAAAUUGCUCAAUGUAUUUUUCGGAGACAAAGGGGGCACAUGCACCCCCACAUCUAGGGUAACGCCCAUGUUCUGACUCGUUUGAAAGACGCAAAUGAAAUAAUACUUUUAAAAUGUAGCUAGACUUGAUCACGAGCUUAGGUAAAAUAUUACUCAAAUGCAUUUUUGAUACUAUUUUACUCUUUUUGAAAAGAGCACCUUUCUAUUAGAAAACAGAGCGGUUAGUUUUCUCAUUGCUACUGUCGUUAAUAAUUGUUAGAUUUAGGCCGUACUGUAUGAUGCAAAUCGUGCGGUUCUUGGGUUGAGUUAUUUAAUUAUCCGUGGCACGACUGGGAGGAAUAUUAUAACGCCCGAUUUAUACGUUGCGCUCUUGCCAUGGCGAAUCUAAUUGUCUAUUAGUAUAAACACAAAUGCAUUAAGUUCAACGUUGAUUCAGAAAUUGCGCUCAAUAGGUUGCAAGUGCUCAAUGUUGAAUCUGGGGUGGAACUUCUGUUUCACAAAAUCAAAAUUAAUAUGCUAUUUCAUAUGACACAUCAGCAGUUCGAUGUAUUAAUAGGUGUCGACGUUUGACUGGUGCGGUCGUUCCCAGAACCAUGCCGAACUUAACGUGUUAACAAUCCAAACAAAUGGAUUCGGCACGGCAGGAGCGCGACGUAUGAAUCGGGCCUUAGCCAUCUCAAAUCGUCCACUAGAUAUUUAUAUAGUGGAAAAUGAUAUCUUAAAAUCGUAGUAAAACAACAAAAUAUUAUUUCAAAAGACAUAAAUACAGGAGUUGUAUAAAAAGAACUGCGGCAGGAAAAAGCGAAACCUAUACUGACCCCUCUGGAAGCAACGAUGCACCAGAACGUGAAGGAAACCUCUUCGGAAGUUUUUGUCAAUCGUAGCAGUCGUUUCUCGCAUCAUUAUUGACUCACUUUCUUGAACCUUGAUUUCUGGUGGCCAUGGAAGGUGUGUUCUCGUGGAUGACACGUUACCGCAAGAAUAACACAUUUCAAAAGAUAGGCCGGAAAACAGAAGACGUGCUAAGUCAUUAGAACCAUUCCUAUGAAGCUUUUUGCUGUACCGCCGUUCUCCCGUACCAACUCCCGAUAGCGUAUUUUAGCACAAAAAUGGCUAUAUAUAAACAAUUUGUCACAAAGGUAUUUUAUUUUAAUCAAUUGUACAUUUAUUGGAGAUCCAAUCUCCGUCCGGAAAGGAACAAAUGUGUAUAGGAAUGUUUCUCAAGGCAAUAAACGAAUGUUGUGAAAAGGC